AUGGUCCAACGCGCGUUGCGGCCGGAGGACCUGGCCAGGAAAGUCGAGAUCGUGCAAACUCUCCUGAACGAAACUCGCAGGUCCAAUCGUGAAGCAUUUCGACGCCACGACGAUCGUUUGCAGUCUUUGGAGCAUCUCGAAGAUCGCAUCACCGAAGCUGUCAGAGGUACCAUGGACGAUGCGGCGCAGCAGUGGUGGGCUCGAAUGCAGCAGCACCACCGAGGCGAGGUGGCUCGUCAGAUGGACGACCUACGCGGACAGAUGGUGGCCGCGGAGCAGGCUCUGAAAAAAAUUGUACGCGGAAAACGUGGCCAACUACAGCGGACCGCCGCGGACUGCGAGGCUAAAGUGGACCUGGUCCGGGCCGGCUUGGAGAGACGGGAAGCUCGAUUGGGGACGUUAGAGCGGCGCUGUGACCAGCAAGCAUUUCAGAAGGAAAGCUCGCUGCCGGUGUUCUUUUCGCGGAAAACUUCCGACGCUCGGUCGCGAGCUCGCUCCGUGGGUUCCGCCCCCUCGUCGCCAGCGGGCUCCGCAGCGGCGGCGCCGCCUAGUCGGUGUCCAUCGGAAGACGAGAUUCAGGCUCGGCUGGAAGCCGUCAACGAGAGACUGCGAGCGCAGCAAGCCAGUGCGGAGGGGCGCGGCAGGCAAGCCGUUCGAAUGGUGGCCCAGGCGCAGAGGACGGCGUUGAAGGCCCGCAAUUGUUCCGUGGAGCCUGCACUCCUCUUGCGUGUGGAGGCGGCGCGUGCUCAAGCGGCCAGAAGGAGACAUCGCUC